AGUCGACCUAUUUUGCUGGCCUUGGCUUCACUAUUUUAUCUUUGCGAUUACAAAUCAUUAUUUGCCUUAAAGAUUUCAUUAUUUAACCUUACUAUGGAAAAUUUGGAAAAGUUAUAUUCGCCUAGUAGAUGGUCAAAAAGAGGAAACUCAACUGAAGUGCAAGUAAAACACGUUCAAUUUUUAGAAAACCACAGUAAACUUGCAAAAGAAAAAAUCCCUUCAGAAUCCAUAUCGUAUGGGCAAAGCCCUAGAGAAAAGUUUGAUGUAUAUGGAACAGAUUUAAAAGACGAUUCUCCAAUUUUAAUUCACAUCCACGGAGGUUAUUAUCAAGAAGAAGCUCUAACACAUACGAAUAAUGGAUUUAUUUCCAAUAUUUUUUAUGAAAAUGGCAUUAAAACUAUUUUAUUAGGCUAUGAAUUAUGCCAGCAGAAAACUUUAAGGCAAAUUUUGGAUGGCAUUUCAAAUGGACUUAAGGAGUGUUUAAAAUAUGCUGUAAAAUUGAAUUCUAGAGGAAUGUAUAUUUCUGGUCACUCAGUAGGAGCUCAUGCCAUUGCCUAUAUCCUCCAAAACCUGAAAACUGAUUUAAUUAAAUCUGUCUUUUUACUAUGUGGAAUCUACAAUUUAGAGCCUCUAAUUCAAAUGUCGGCAAACGAUUUACUAAAACUAUCUUCUCAAGAGGCCAAAGAUUUUAGCCCACUUUUAAAUGGAAAAAUUAACUACGGCAAAAUUGCUAUUUACAUUUUUGCUAGUGAAUGGGAUAGUCCUGCAUUUGUAAAGCAAAGUGAAGAGUUUUAUGAAAAAUUGCAACAAAAUCAAGUAAAGUGUUAUUUAAAUGUAAUUCCUAAAGUUGAUCAUUUUGAUGUAAUUGAAAAUUUAUAUUAUGAGGAUUUUGAGCUUACCAAAAUUAUUUUGCAAGCUAUUAAAGAAUAAAACACACUGCGGUAAUAGUUUUAUUAUACACUUACAUAAACACAUGUUUUUUUUUUUGGAAUCUUAAUAUUCUAGGCUAAAUUGAUAAUAAUUACAAAUAAGUUUUAAUAAAUAACAAUCAAUAUCACAGAAAAAAGACUAGUACAAAAUUAUAGAGGUUAAACAUUAUUCUGGAUUAUUAUUGUGUUCCAGUGGCGCAUUUUUCCAUAUAAUACAUGUCGCCUAGUAGCUGAGUUAUCGGUAUUUCCCCGAUGGUUUCCUUGAAAAACAACAAUUCGACAGUCAUCGAUCUGAUGGCUCUCAGGCUGGGCACGAGCAACAGGAGCCUGCCAAAUCUGGUCGGUUGUCGUGGAUAACGCAUCCGGACGUAAUCUCCCAAGAUGCAUUGGGCUUGAUCUUGCAACAUUUCGACUGGUUGAACGUCACACAGACCGGAAGUUUCUAAAUAAUUUAGAUAAGAAAUUAUGCUUUAGAAUUUUUUUAAUAGGUGUGGUACUUUUGAUAUAUUCUGUAAGUAGGUAUACAAUGUGUCCAAGAUAAGGAGGGUCAGUAUGGGGAUCUGAUGAUAAAGUCUCCCAAAGACGAAAUGCCAUAUUGUAGAAGAGGAAAAGUGGCCAUGAAGAAGUUCCAUUUAUUUUGAAAUAUCUCAUCAAAUAAGGUUAGAAAAAAAUAAAAUCCUUCUGGUCGAAUUUCGGGUUUUCCCAGAUAUCUCUGGUAUCACACGGAAUUUUCGAAAUAUCAGAGCGGUAUUUUGAUGAGCACAAAAUUGCGCAACUGUUUCCUAAUUUAAGCAAUGUCGUAUCUUUCACUGUUUCCGAAAUCCCCAUACUGGCCCUCCUUAUCUUAGACACAUUGUAGAGGUAGUUUUUGUUACCAAUAUUAAUUAUUAUCAUAUUGUAUUUGUUAUUAUCAUUAGUUUUUCAUAAGAUGGAUAAACUCUUAAGACCUGAACGAUUCGACGCUGAUCAAAACUCUCCAAAAGCUGCACGAUAGUGGACUCACUGGAAAGCAACUUUCAACAAUUUCAUAUCAUCCGUUGAUAAGUUAGAAAAUGAUGGGUAACUGAAACUCUUGGUGAACUAUAUUUUUGGAUUCAAUUUUCAUUAAACCUAAAAAUGAAAUAUUUGCCAGAUACUGCCUUACCUGGAGGGACCGUUGAUCAGUACUUACAAGCACUAAAACAUCUAAGUAAAGACUGUAAUUUCUAAGCUGUCAGCGCUGAAGAAAGUGAAAACGACUAUAUUAGAGAUUCUUUCAUUAGUGACUUAAGCUCUUUCCAAAUUCGACAACGAUUAUUGGAGAAUAAGGUACCACUCUGAAGCUUGAUGAAGCCAAGAAUCAAGCUCUAUCAAUCGACACAAAAAAAUUUAGAAGCAUAUAGCAUCCCUCAAGGUGUGAAUGGUGUAAUCAACUCAAUUCAAUCUGAAAGUGUGUAGAGAAACAUAUGAAGGUCUCAUUUCCGCUGCUACGAAAGUGUACAAAUGUUAUUUCUGUGGAAGUACUAAAAGACAUUUUUCCACGUUAUACCCUGCUAAAGAUUUAACGUGUAUUGAAUGCGGUAAACGUGGACGAUUCUUCAAGAUAUGUCUAAGCAAAAGAAAAGUCAAAACUUCGCCUCCGUUAUACCUUAGUGCGGAACUUGGAAGUUUAACCAAAUGCCUUAUCAAAAUUAAAUUGAACCAUGUCAUUGCCAUCAUAGGCGCCGAAACCAUAGGGGCAAUGGGUGCUUGCGCCCCCGUAGUGAAUUUGCUAUGGGGGCGGGUGUAGUGGGUAUAUUGAGUGAAGCGAUGGCUGCAGACUGGCGGAGCUGCAAGGAUCAUUUCCUGUUCCUGCAAAUUUGCCCCCUCCUGUCUGUAUAAUUAAUUCUACUUAUAUGUUAGUUUUUGGAGCCUGAGUUCCUUUAAAAUUCCGGCCCCUAUGGUCGUUACUGAUACUUUAGUAGAUACAGGGAGUCCUGAAACAUACAGUAAUAAAACUUUUGUCUCAUUUAUUGAUGUUCCUACACUGGAUAUAUACUAAUGGCCACAACAGUCUUACAGUCUCAAAUAUCAGGUUAUUGCUCUGUAGACUUAGAAAUGAUGGGGCAUACAUACAUACAUUACGUUUAUCAGUUCUUUCUGAUUUAUGUACUGAUGUCAUUAGGUCAUAAUAUUCUUAGACAGCAUUCAACCCUUGAAGUAUCUUUUGGAGGUUCUAAGCCUCCCUUGUUUAUUGACAAUUCAUCAUCGAUUUGUAGUUUGACGUUCCUAGAAAUUGAUCCGCCUACAUUAUUUUCAAAUGUAUCAGCCGACUGCAGGCCAAUUGCAACAAAG